AUGAAAGGAACUGAACGGAUUGGACAAUGGAAGCGUAUGAAACUGGCAAACUGCUUCUAUGGAAUCGAGACAGUGACGGUGUUCGACGGUACUCGUUCAGAGCUGUUCGUUCGUUUUUCCACAAUGCGUGCGUUUCUCCUGAAACUGAAUUUCGGUCUCCGAGACCUUUCGUAUAUGGAAUUGGAACGACAUGCUGCGACACACCGUGGCCCAAGAUGCGGUACAAAUCCGAGUCAAAAGGCAGUGUCGUGUUAUUUCGAAAGGUUCGGAAACAAGUGUGUUACCGCUGAGGGGACGCAGGUUCGACUACAUGUUCAUAAAGAGGAAAAUGGGGUGAAAGUUGGCGCAGUUUGCCGGAAGCAGUCAAGCUUGGAGAUUAUUUUCUCCAUCUUCCAGUGUCCAUGCGGAGACUUCAUACUAAGCGUGGUUGGAAAGCUGAAGCAACGCUUCGGUUUGUUACUAGUCGUCAAUAGUGACAUUUUACCACUUGAUGAGAAAGACAUGCGUGUUCUGAGACAUGGCGACAUCAUCAGAGGAUUUUUCUCCAUAAUUCCUUCUUUCAGGAUCAUGUUCCUCCUCAGUGACAGCAGUCACGUCAGAGAAACGCAGACUUCGCUCCUUCUGUCAUUUCCUUGGCUAGUUCUCAAGAAUAUCGCAAAAUUUCUGCCACCAUUUGAUAUGAUGCAAGACUUGGUUCCUGUGUGUCGGCUGUUCUAUGACCUGAUGAAGGAUGGAAGCAGUUGGACGCAUGUGAAGUUUUAUCUUCGGGAUGGAAUGCCAUGUCAGCCAUUUGGGCACUUCCAAGACUUCUGCAAAGUUGUAUAUAAGCAUGUGCGGAAGCUUUCACUGAUGUUCAGUUUUGACUCUGAACUGGAUCCGCUCUGGCCACGGAACAUUUUACGACCAAUUUUCCAACAUUAUGAUUGGAGUAAAUUAGAGGUGCUCGAAAUCGAUACUUUGGACACCAACGAAGAAGCAUGGUCUGAAUUUCUCAGGAGGAGUGGCAAGAAGCUCAUUCACCUGGAAAUGCUCUCCGUGGAAUGCAUUACUCUUGCGGAUAUUUUAUUGGAAGCUUCCAAAGCUGGGCACGUCUUGUUUCCCAAAUGUCGGGAAUUGCGUUUGCGGUUGAAGAAACUCCAUCUCAAUCAUGCUAUUCUACAUGACAUGGAAAGUUUAAUAUCCAAUUCGGUUCUGCUGCGGGAUCCGCACUUGCGGCGGUUUCCUGAUUUUCUGGGUUCUGGUGUGCUUUCAAGUCUUCAUACCUAUCAGUUGCCCGUUAAAUUGGAUGCCGGAGGUUGGAAACUUGCUGGGAAAAUGGGAAUAUUUGCGAAGCUCGAAACCCUGAGCAUGACUGGAGAGAUCUUCAAUAACAUGCCGCCGGCUAACGAGAAAAUAAUUUUUUUCCCGAAGCACAAAACCGUUGAGAAAAGUCCUGGAGGUGUCUUCAAAGAACUUCGAUCCUGCUCCAAACUGAGAGGGCUGAUUCUGAAGGUGCCGGAUAAUCUCCCCUUGGAAACUCUUGGUCAAUUGUCACAGCCGUUGGAUUCAUUGCGUUUCCUGAAACCAAACUCAACAAGGCAUGGUCUGUGCUACGUCAAAUCAGCCACUGAAGUGCCGAAAAUUCUCCGAGCUGUGAAGGUGUUCAAGCGACUGAAGAAUUUAGUGUUGUUCUCGAAAACUGAGAUGGGCAGCGGCAAAGGGUUUUCGGAAACUAUGCAAGGCUGCCUCGGGCCAGUGUCUUCUUUGCAUCAAGUGACUUUCGUUUGUGAGCUUGGACCGGAUCUACGUCACCAGUACGUCCGAACGCUGCAGGUCGUCGUUCUCUCGAGCCUUAAAAGCAGGUCUAAGCAGUGUUCUAAAAUGAGGCUUACCGAAGCUGAACACGGAUUGGUCAACCACGUCCCACUCGAAAGCCAUAAGGUACGCUUUUCGGCGAUCUUCAAUCCGCGGCUUGAUAGACCAUCGUCACAGCCUCGUCCUAGCGUAUUGCUCCUAGAUAUCGGACUUUAA